UAGUAAGCGUUGAAAUAUUACAUUGAAUAUAAGUGACUGAUUUGCGUGAAAAAUGCAGAAUCCUUACUUAUGAUUAAACAGUAUCUAUUAUUUAUAUUACAUAAAAAUUCAUAAAGUUUAUAAAUUCUGGAAUAAUGAACUUUAAUCAGUGCCAUGUGUUUGUUUUUCUCUCCGAGUCAUAUUGAAAAAAUCAGAGAUCUACUGCUAUACGACAUUAAAUAUUAUUUGUGAUUCUGGUGAACAGAAUGUUCUGAACCGAUGAAUUUCGAUGAGCAGGACUUUAUAUUUUCUUCUCUCUCAUCCUCUCCCAACCAAAUCGAUAAGUGGACUCGAUAAAAAAUAUUUAGUACAGAAAAGGAUUCUUCAGAGGAAAAGUUUACAAUUCUAUCAAUCGAAUACUUACACUAGUAGUUGUCGAUCGUUUUCGGACCAGCAGACGCAGUGAUCAUAACAAGAUGAUGAUGGACAGGAAUACGCCAUUUCUUACGGAGAGCUGCAGGAAUCGACUAACAAAUUAGCCAGAGUGUUUAAAAAGUACGAAAAACCAGAAGGCUCGUCAAAAUGGGUCGUGGGAGUGUGCAUGAAACCAUCUCACCGAUUACCCAUCAUCUUGAUCGCUAUACAAAAGGCCAACAUGGCGUAUUUACCUCUGGACGUGGAAUACCCUAAAGCUAGGGUAAAGCAUAUUUUGCAAGAAGCGAAACCAUUCAUGAUUGUGAUCGAGGAAAAAGCGGAUUCGAUGACUUACGAAGGAACAAGAACCGUGAGUUAUAAUGAAUUGUUGAAGUUAUCCGAGAGCGAGGUAAACGACAAUCUGGAAGUUGAAGAAGAUCCCGAAGAGACUGCCAUCAUCCUGUACACCUCCGGAAGUACGGGCACGCCAAAAGGAGUACUUUUGUCACACACGACCGUGUUGAACCGAUUACAAUGGUAUUGGCAAGAGCUGCCGUACGCUGUGGACGAGGACCACUGCGUCUUCAAAACGUCAUUGAUAUUCGUAGACAGUGUUACCGAAAUUUGGGGCUCGUUGUUGCAAGGACGUACCUUAGUAGUCGUUCCUAGACACAUUACUAAAAACCCGAAGAGGUUUGUCGCUCUAUUGGAAAAGUAUAAAAUUCAACGAUUGAUGCUGGUCCCGACCCUCUUACAGUCUAUACUCAUGUACUUCAGUUUGCGGUGCAAGGACAACGUGCUUCGCUCGCUGAAACUUUGGAUAUGUACUGGCGAAACGUUAUCGAUUUCGUUGGCUGAAGAAUUUUUCACUACGUUCGAGAAUUCCAACAAAAUUCUGGCUAAUUUUUACGGUACUACCGAAAUUGGCGACGUUGUAUAUCACCUGCUGAGUGAUCGAAGGCAGCUACAGUCAGCGGAGAAAGUGCCCAUCGGAAAGCCUUUAGACAAUUCCAUUAUUUAUAUCGUGAACGAAGGAAUGCAACCAGUUCCGCAAGGGGAAUUGGGCGAGAUGAUAGUAGCCGGAAGGAACCUCGCCACGGGUUAUAUUCAUGACCCCGAGUCUCAGAAGUUCCAGGCCAACCCCUUCACCACUGAUUCAAACUACUCCAGGAUUUAUCGGACCGGCGACUAUGCUAGGAUAAUAAACGGCGUGAUCAUAUACGAGGGUCGCUUGGAUUCGCAAAUCAAAGUCAGAGGACACCGCGUGGAUCUUACGGAAGUGGAGAAAAUGGUUUCCAAAGCACCUGGCGUCAGCAAAGUCGUCGCUCUUUGCCACAAACCCGGCGAGUUAUCGCAGGCGCUGAUAGCUUUCGUAACCAUUGCGGACAAUUCAUCCACCUGUGAGUUGGAAAUUAAGACGUUCCUACAGACCAUGUUACCCGUGUACAUGAUGCCACGAGUCGUAAUCGUCGACGAUAUACCGCUGUUAACGAACGGAAAGAUCGAUCGUCAGGCGCUGUUGAAGCAUUUUGAAACUGCUAAUACACGCAACGAGGACGAUCACAAUAUGGUCUGCGACUACACAGGAGUACCUGAAAGAGAUUUAGAAAAAGCAAAAGUAUUGUUUCCUACUGUGGCAUCUGCGAUCGGAAAUGCUGAUAUCGUGAGAAUCGAUUCCAAUUUCUACGAACUGGGCGGCAACUCUUUGAACUCGGUGCACACGGUAAUGAAGCUGUGGAAUCAAGGGUACAAAAUAAGCAUCACCCAGUUCGUUACUGCAAAGAGUCUAAGUGAGAUAAUUGAUCGAAUGAUCAAAAUAAAAAUGGACGACAAGGUUUCCGAUAGUUGGGAUUUCGACGAGGACGAGAUCGUCUACGAAAUGAUAAAUGAUUCGCAUCAAGCGGACGCGAUAAAGAUUAUCACAGAAGGGUUCUGUUGCUGUGGAGGGACUUGUUUGAUACCUGGCGUAACUAGAGAGGAUUACCGAAUACUGAUGGAACAAUUAUGGAAUCCCUUGGUCGAGCAAAACCUCAGUUUCUUAGCGAAGUCGUCGAGAGAUGGGAGAACAAUCGGAAUUGGGAUUAAUUUUGAUCUUUGGGACAUGCCCAAGUUAAUACUGGACUCCAAAUUAAGGAUAAUCUUUGAUUUUCUCGAACAGCUCGAGGCACCAAUCAGAAAACAAGAACUGCCGGAAGGAAAGGGCCAGAUUAUAUAUUGUUUUAUGAUGGCGACAAGCUGCAAGCUGAGACCAGCCCAGAAUGUUAUCGUGAUGAAAGAACUGGAAGCAUACUGUUUACGUCUAGCUAGGAGAAGAAAGUACGCUGGAGUUUUUACGACGAAUACGAGUCCGCUCACGCAGCAACUCGCAGAGGUGUUUGGAUAUAAACCGAUAAUGACUUACAGAAUGAACAGGUACUGCGCCCCGGAUGGCACAAAGCCCUUUGAAGAGGUUUCGGACAAUCAACUGGCAAUUUGCUCGUUGAAAAUGUUCGGACCAGCCAAGUACAUUUUCCGGGACGAUCAAUGCUGUAGAUUGAACAUAUACUAAAAGCGUGUAAAAGCCGGAGACUUUGAGUGGCCCCAGUGAUAUUUUGUCGAGCUUCGGCAGAUGAGAUUCCAACAGUACGGAGAGACACAGUUCUCUCUUUACAGUUCUCUUCAUAACAUACUUAUAUGCUAUCUUAGUAUAUAUUUCGUACUUUAUAACAUCUUAUAUUACACAGAACUAGUCUUAGGCCCUAAAAUGGGGAGGAACUGAGGUGAUUUUAAACAAUAUUUUCCUUUGCAAAAAAGUUAUCCGAGGCGUGGUUGUUGAGUUAUUUAAGAAAAACCGGGACCAAUCAGUCCGGGGUUUACCCGAAAGCACCGGAUGCAUUGACGAACUAUUUUGCGUGUUGCAUGAAUUAUAUUAGUACUAUUACAACAGCUUUUUCAUAACAUUAAUCGGUUUAUUAUUUAAAAUUUUACUAGCCAUAAAAUAAAAUUGUACCUGGAAUGGGAAU